AUGACAAUCUCAGAAUCGGAUUUUCACGUUAGCCCUGUUCAGGGCGCCAGGAGAGUUGUGCCAUCGGAGCGGCCAGCCGUUGAGAAUACCAUCACUACCAUGAAUGGUAAUCACCGUGUAAGUACCGACGAUGAUGGCAAAGCAGACCACGAUGGACACCUAAAGAUAUCGCGAGAAACUAGAAUAGCCACCAGCAUACGAAGCAUCUUGGAAGACAUAGGAGAAGAUCCCAACCGAGAGGGCCUUCUCAAGACCCCUGAACGGUAUGCUAAGGCUAUGCUCUUCUUCACUAAAGGGCAUGAGGAAAGUGCAUACGAUAUCGGAAAAGAUGCCAUCUUCAAUAUAGACCAUAAUGAGAUGGUCCUGGUCCGCGGUAUUGAAGUGUUCAGUAUGUGUGAGCAUCAUCUCAUUCCAUUUGUAGGCAAGGUUCACAUUGCAUACAUCCCCAAUGGUCGUGUGUUGGGGCUGUCUAAGUUGGCUCGAAUUGCGGAGGUCUACGCGCGCAGACUGCAAGUCCAAGAGCGUCUCACGAAGCAGAUCGCUCAGGCCAUUGAGGACCUUCUACGGCCCCAGGGGGUCGCUGUUGUGAUAGAGUCAGUUCAUAUGUGUAUGGUUAUGAGAGGUGUUCAGAAGAGCAGUGCUAUGACUACGACCAGUUGCAGGACAGGCAUAUUCAAGGCAAGCAGGGCAGCGGAAGAGGAGUUUCAGUUCCUCUUGCAGCUGAAGCAGAAUUGA